AUAUUGACACUCGCGCAGAUGAGACUCCCGGGCCUUUUACUUCUCAUACCUGUCGUUUCUCUUCGGAAAACGGACGUCAAGCAGGAAGAGAAUGGCGGCAGCCGCUCUGAAAAGACUUUGGUCGCGAAGCCGCGGAGAGGCGGGGGACCCAGCAGUCGCGAAGCCAGGCGUGUGGGCGAGGUUUGGUGCCUGGGCCCGCGCGCUGCUCCGGGACUACGCGGAGGCUUGCGGGGACGCGGCGGCGGCGGCACGGGCCCGGCCGGGUCGUGCCGCCGUGUACUUGGGGUUGCUGGGCGGCGCGGCGACCUGCUGCGCGCUGGCGCCGAGCGAGCAAGCCUUCGAGGAGGCGCUGCUCGACGCGUCGGGGACCCUCCUGCUGCUGGCACCUGCCACGCGAAACCGUGACUCGGAAGCGUACGUGCAGCAGCUGCUGUGGCUGCGGGGCCGCGGACGCCUGCGCCACGUGAACCUGGGCCUCUGCUCUCUGGUGUACGAGGCGCCCUACGACGCCCAGGCCAGCCUCUACCAGGCCCGCUGCCGCUACCUGCAGCCCCGCUGGGCCGAGUUCCCAGACCGGAUCUUGGACGUGGGUUUCGUGGGCCGCUGGUGGGUGCUGGGAGCUCGGAUGCGCGACUGCGACAUCAACGACGAGGAGUUCCUCCACCUGCCGGCACAUUUGCGCGUAGUCGGGGCUCAUCAGCUGCACUCGGAAGCCAAUGAGAGGCUCUUUGAUGAGAAGUAUCAGCCCGUCGUGCUCACCGACGACCAGGUAGACCAGGCGCUAUGGGAGGAGCAGGUCUUGCAGAAGGAGAAGAAGGACCAGUUGGUCCUGAGCCAGGCCGAGUCGCUGUUGAGGAGGUCCCCAGAUGAAACCCAGUGAGGCCUGGAUCCCGACCCAGCUCUGAGCCCUGGCCGACUCCUGGCAGACUCUUUGCCGGGUAUUAUGCAAUUGGUGUGAGUGAGCCUCAAGUGCAGAGUGUUCUCGCCCGGUUUUCACAAAACUGGGGGACCUUUCUCCCUCUCACAUUUUUUCCUAACACUGAAGCUAGUUCAGAGCCUUUUUGGUGUAGGAGUUGGGGAGAGCAGAAGCGACAAGACCAUAGAAUGUUUGUCACUGCCAUAGUUAGUAAUGAGCUUUACACACAAUUCAUUGGGCCUCGUGGUCCUCCUGACUGAGGCUUCAUAUCUGUCGGGUGACUGCCAAUCUCUCCUAAAGCCAUUCAGGUUUUUGUUUUCAAUCGUAAGGUGCAAUGUUUAUACUCUAAUUUUCAUGAGUAACAUUUGUGUUUUAAUUUAUUUUGAACUAAUUAUAGUAUCAGAGUAAACUGGAAAAAGAAUACAGGACUUCCUUUGUACUCUUUGCCCACCUUCCCCCAAAUGGUAACAUUUUACAUAAGCAGUACCAAACUAGAGGUUGACAUUGGUAUGACUAUUUGGGUUUUACAGAGAAACUUUUUGUGCAAAAUAACCCGCUUUUACCAUUUGUGUAUUGAUAGCGAUGUUAAAGUGAGUUGGAAGAAUAAAAUGUUUUCUGAUUGGAAAUCUACAUGGGAUCAUACAUUCUGGUUAUGUUAUAUCUCAGUGGCCUUUAAAACAUAAUCCAAUGGAAAAGAAUAUGUUAGCUGA